UAAACGUCACAAAUACUUCCUAUACAUCAGAACGCCGGUUGUUGGCAAGUUCGGCGAGUCAUUUGGGCGUGCAGGAGCAGCGAGAAAGCCAAAGAAAUGGGAUUACUGAAAGUUUUAACGUUUCUACUCUGUCUGAUCUCAACUUGCAUCGGGUUAACUUGUUAUUCCUGCGAUAACACAUCUCCGAACUGCGUUAACCCGAAUUCUCAAACCGAGACCAAAGUUUGCGAUGAAGGUGUCCCCUGCAUGUAUUUGACUGUGGAGACAGGAAUCGGGAACAAGACGUAUCGACGAGACUGUUUAAAGUUCUUGCAUCCAAACGGUUGUGCCGCCCUUGAUCCAACACAGCCAGAUAUGAUGAUUUGUUCUCUUGAAUGUUACACUGAUUUAUGCAACGCUUCAGUUACACCGACGGCAAAGAAGCUCGUUUUAGUCAUUUGUUCUUUUCUUGCAGUCGCCCUCCAAUUUCUAUAAAGCAUUACCACUUCCGGUCUUGCUAUGAAAUCAAUAUAAACGUAUCUCAUCUCAAGAAAUAAAAUAUCAUUACCGUU